CGUCGCGCGGUUUUGCCGAGCGCGCCUCCGGGAGGAGAAACUCGAAGCGCCGCGGACAGCGGCGGGCUGCUCCUGAUCGGGGCUCGCUUUGCAUUGGGCGAGGCGGCGGCGGCGGCUGGCGCCGUUCAUUACUCUUCUUCUCCCCCCUGGCGACCUCGGCGGCGGAGGAUGGAAGAGCGGGGAAGAGGAGGAGGAGGAAGGCACGGCAGCUGGAGCAGCGCGGACCCCUCUCUCGGUUUGAGCCCAGAACUGUAUUGGCUUUUUUGGCAGCUGCUGCACACUGCUGGCUCAUAUCUAAAUGGUUGUCCACUAGGACUUCAAGAUCCCUCUCACAGAUAACGCCCAAUAUUCAAGUCUGUCAAGAUCCUUCUGUAACUUGAGCCUAUCUUCUGGAGUGUUGGCUAUUCCUGCCAGCUUGGUGUCAUCUGCAAAUUUGAUGAGUUCCCCAUCUAUCCCCUUGUCCAAGUCAUCGAUGAAGAUGUUGAAGAGUACUGGGCCUAAAACAGAGCCUUGAGAGAAACCAAAUGAAGAUAAGAUUGCAAGACUGUGGAAUGCAUGAUAAAGAGUGAGAAUGACCGCACUAAAGACUGCUUGAAACCAUCAGCAGCAAACCGAGGAGCAGUUUUGAAGGCAUAUGUUGUGCCUUUGGAAUGUUUCCUGUUGGUAGCAUCACGAGGGAGAGGCCAUCCAGAGCCUCAACAGGUGCAGUGUAAGACAUACCAGCCAUCUUAGCUUUUGACAUGAAGAAAGAUAUAGAUGCUUUAAUAGCAGAAGAAAGGGCAGAAAUCAUUGCUAAGUAUGAGAAGGGGAGGCAAGAUGGAACUCAGAUUGAUCCAUGGGAAGAUGCUGACUUUGCUCUUUACAAAGUUACAGACAGAUUUGGGUUUUUGCAUGAGCAUGAGUUACCAAUUCAUAGUGCUCUGGAAGAAAAGCAAAAAGCUCAGGAGAUUGAAAGAGUGGACAAAUGGCUGAAGAUGUUAAGAAAGUGGGGAAAAUACAGAAACAGUGAAAAGAUGUUCCGCAGAGUUUAUAAAGGGAUUCCCCUCCAAGUACGAGGUCAAGUCUGGUCACUCUUACUGGAUAUUGAAAAGAUUAAGAUGGAGAAUGAAGGGAAGUAUGAGAAAAUGAAAGAACAAGCCAGAAGCUUCUCAUCAGAAAUCAAACAAAUAGAUCUGGAUGUCAAUCGCACUUUUCGAAACCACAUCAUGUUUCGGGACCGCUAUGGAGUAAAACAACAAGCUUUGUUCCAUGUCCUGUCAGCUUAUUCUGUUUACAACACGGAAGUGAGUUACUGCCAGGGCAUGAGUCAGAUUGCAGCUAUCUUGUUGAUGUAUUUGAAUGAAGAGGAUGCCUUUUGGGCCCUGGCACAACUGCUUACCAACCAGCGGCAUGCAAUGCAUGGAUUUUUCAUUCCUGGGUUUCCAAAGUUGCAGAGAUUCCAAGCUCACCACGAAGCGAUCCUAAACAAGCUUUUCCCAAAGUUGAAGAAACACUUGGAUAAGGAGCAGAUGUUGACAGGAAUUUAUACAACUAAGUGGUUCUUACAAUGCUUCAUUGAUCGGACUCCGUUUACACUAACCCUGCGGCUGUGGGAUAUUUACAUCCUGGAAGGAGAGCGGGUUCUUACAGCUAUGGCAUACACCAUUCUCAAACUGCAUAAAAAACGCUUAUUGAAAAUGAACCUUGAAGAUCUGCGGGAAUUUCUGCAAGAAAAAAUUGCUGCUUCUCUGCAGUUUGAAGAUGAUACUGUAAUUGAGCAUUUACAAGCCUCCAUGGCAGAACUGCGUAAAAUGAAAUUUGAUCUUCCACCUCCAGCAAAAUCUGAAGAAUUCCCCAAAACACCCCUGGGGAUGGAACUUUCUCUAAAUCUACUCUCGAUGAAAUCCAGCGUAGCCAAUAAUGGUCAGAAAACGGCCGUCAGUGACUUCAGCAAUGAUAAAGAUGUCAUAAUACAAUCUUCUCCAGAUAAAAAUCCUCAUUGCCUGAAUGAAGGAAUCGAUAACUCAAAUAUGGCAAUACAGGAAAGAGCUUCUCCAGAGCACAAUGGAACAGCCUUGCAGAACAAACUGGCGGAUACGCAGAACAAUCCUUUCCAAAGACUUCCACCAAAUGAAAUUUUUGAAACUGAGGCGUACCAAGCGGAAGAAAGUGCUGAUAAAAUAUCUUCUGUGGAGAAUCCUAUAAUACUAGAUAACAUUCAGACAGUGGGGGGAAAUCAAUAUGUGGCUUUGGACAGUGGGAAGGAUAAUUCAUUAAAAAGCAGUAACUCUGAGAAGUGCAGCUUCCAGGAAAACAAACACAUUCCUUUAGAUGACAGGGACCACAUUAUUCACCCUGUGCUACAAGCUCAGACCACAAACAAUUCUGCCUGGGAGUCCCACUUGCAGGGUCAGCCCUUGGAAGCUGACCGGUCUAUCAGCCACGACAGUACAACUUCAUUAACAAGAUCGGAGUCACUGCAUCACUUAGACUCAGCACCCUCUGUGCAAAAUGCAGCUGCUCUUGAGCAGGAGAGCACAACCUGCUCCUCUGAAGAUUUAGCAUCUGAAGAUGCUGCCUUGCUUAAAGAUGAUUUACAGCAUCCCCCGUGUACAGAAGCAUCUUCUGCAGCAGAACACGGCCUCUUUAUACCGCACGACGUGCCAGGAAAUCUAGUAGUGCCAUGUAGAGCGAGGACACCUGCUGCUCUCUCUCCUCCCUUCCAAGAUGGCCAGCGACGGCCUUCUAACGUAUCUCAGUACGAUAACUUGUCUGAAAAUGAAGAGGAGGAAGAAAAACAGGUGCUCGCUUCUAAGAAAUUGGCAGAUUUAAUACCACAAACUGAACUCUGCACACCAGUAUUAAAGUCUUCUAUACCCAAGUCUGCCUCACUUGGGGAGAUAGACAAUCUCCAAAGGCAAACCCAAGAAGUGACAGAUUUGGCAGAACUGCCAAAAAUCGAUGGCCAGCUCACCUCAUUCCCCAUGCUGCCACAUUCCAAACGAUUGUCUGGGGGAGGCAGUGUGCCGGUCCUUUCUGAGCCUGGCUGUGAUGCCCUCUUGCUGCCUGGAAACCUCCAAGCCCGGCCUACUUCGUCUCCUGUGUUGCAGGAUCAGCACAGCCCCUUCAGAAUUAUUAAAACCACCACCCCUCUUCAUUUGGCUUAUGCCACAGAGCAAGACUGCUUGAGCAAAAAGCAGGUGGCUCUGCCUUUGCCAGAGACCAGCCACUGUCAUACAGCGGAUGGCGAAAAAUACAGUCUUGUCCCUGGGGAAGCUGAGGUAGCCGGUGAUUGUGUUCAGAAGUUGAAAAAUAUUCCGGGUGGUUCACCUGCAUUUCAGAAACCAAAAGUACCACCCAAGAUUUUCAAGGCACAUUCAGAGAACACGUUCUCUUCAAGCUGUUCCCCCGUGGGGCAAAUGUCUAAAUCAGUCACAUUCUAGAAUUACUGAGAAAGCAGAAAUUUGGGUCACAUAAUGUUUUCCAUAAGAGUUUGGAAAGGAAGGCAGAGCCUGAAGCAAAAUUAGGAAGGUGAUCGCUUCGUUCAUCAAAAUGUAUUCAGGAAUUCAGGUUAAUGUUCACAGGCCAGGCCAGGCCAGGCCAGGCCGGCAGCUAAAGGCUGCAGAGAGCUUCUGACAAGAUUUGGGUUGUUGUCCAAAGUAUUUGAAUUACAUGUCUCAUUAUUUCCUCGCUAGGUAAAUGUUUUAACAGAUUUAACUUUCUAAAAACAUGUGUUUCCAAACCCUUGCAGCUGACAAAUGAAAGACAUAAUUCAGAAGAGCAGGAGUCCAAAAGGAGUUACUUUAGGAAGAAGAAACCAGUCAGUUCCAAAUUUGAGCCAGUAAUACUCCCCUCCUCCCCCAGUAGCAAUAGUAACGUUGUUUUUGCUUCAAUUUAGUACUGUAGUUAAUAUAUUAUUACAUAUGAGGCUGUGCAUACUAUAUAUGCCAGGGAAGUUAAUUUUCAUAGCAUCUAUGCAUAUCAAGCACACAUCAUAUGUGUGUCGUUUCACUGAAAUCAGACAAUUUGACAUGCCUUUUUAAAGCUUUGGUUCCUCUGGUCCCACCAUACCUUUUUGUUUACAGUGAUGACAUUUAUUAAAGAGGAAGGAGAUCCCCAGCAGUCCGUUCAGUUGAACUUUUCAAUAUGUUACAGACACAUGGGUAGCUUCAGAGAGAAAUCCAGAUAGUGAGGUAGAUGGUUUGCAAUAUGCUAUCCGGUGUUUAAGUUUGCUCAAUCCUCAACUUGUUUAUGAGCAUGGAUCCUCUAAGGCAGGGGUCUCCAAUCUUGGCAACUUUAAGACUUCAACUCCCAGAAUUCAGCUUUGCUGGCUGAGGAAUUCUGGGAGUUGAAGUCCACAAGUCUUAAAGUUGCUAAGGUUGGAGACCCCUGCUCUAAGGAUCCAUAACAGGAAGUAUUAGUUUGGAAUGCAAGAAGUGUUCUAAUUGCACUACAAUGCAACUUUCACAUCCUAAGGAAGUUGUGACAUCUUACUUGCCUCAUGUCAUUGCCAUCCCUUUGGAAAUACUCUUUUAUCUUAGGUGAGUAUUGUGUUGAUUAAUAAACAGUUCUUGCCCUGAUAUUAGAAGAAUAAAAAUAGAGAAAAUAUUGGUAGCUAAGACAGAUCCUCAAAGUAGCCUUUGAUCAAGUUUAUAACUUUCCUAGCUGCUACACGGUUGUGAAAGUAAUACAUCUCCGUUUCUCCAGGAUGCAGUUCCAAAUAGAACUGCAUCCUGGUGAAACGGAGGUGCAUUACUUUCACAAAGGUAAAGACUCAAAGCUUUUAUUUGACAUAAUCCAGUUGAGAUUUUCCUCAGAGCAUGCAAAAUCCAUGGCUGCAUUGGUAGCAGUUAAAUUUAACAGAAGCAAAAGAUGGGAUUCUCUUUGGGUGAUGAGAAAUAUUUUGUACUCCGAGUUUUCAGUUUUCCUGUAAUUAUGCUUCCUUUUGUUUUUAAUAAGGUGUGAUAACACAUUCAGACUAUUGUAAUUCUGCAGUGCAUGCUUUUUUUUUUUACACCAGUUAUGUUUUGCAGCAUCAGAUGCACAUUAAAUACCUUCAUGCCUUAAAUCUGUGACACACAUUUCCCACUGCAAGAAUAACUAAUGGACAAUUCAAAGAAUUCUAAUAAGCAAGGUGUAGUGUUACUUUAAGAUGCCAAGAAAGGGAGCCUAGUGUUUAUUGUAAAGAGGGGUGGCAAUUCCAUGCCCAUCCAGAUUUCUGGGCUCCAAUUUGCAUGUCCUUCGGUUGCGGAUGAUGGGAAAUGUACUUCAAGACCCUUGUUCCAUCUGAGCUUGGACAAUUGAAUAUUUUUAAUUUACGCAUAUAUUUUAUCUUGUGUUCUGCCCUAUACCUACCCAGGCAGCACCAGACUAGAAAAUGUUCUUUGCUGAGAUUAUUUUUUCUUUCUGGUUUUUUAAUUGUUGCUCUUUUUUUUUUUUAGUUUAGCUGAUGUCCAAGUUAAAGAAAUGUUGGUCUAGAUUUCCCAACUGCUCUCAAAUGUCGCACUCGUAACCUGAUGCCCAAUUUCUGGAACAAGAUGAGGUUUAGAAUUGCAGAAAGGGCAAGUUGCAUUCCUCUGUGUAGAAGACAUGCAAGUGUCUUCUUUUAAAGCAGCAAAGCCCAUUUGAUUGGGCCUUUUCCCUUAGGCUGUUCUGUGUGCUUCUUAACUGGCAAUCGAGCAAUUCACUUCUGCCACCCUUUGCUUGCCAGCUGCCUUGGUGGCCUCUCACUCUUGUCCAUAAGCAAAUUUUAUACCAGAGAACCCAGGAAGGUAGCUUUGCAUUUUGGACCUUUUUCACUUGCUCCCAAAUACAGUAGAACCCAAUUACCUUUUUCAGUCCCAGACUGGUGGAGAUUCAUUUUCAAGGGCCUUCUAAUGGCCCUUCAGUUGCUAUAGUCUCCUAAUUUUUUUCCCACAGACAUAGGAGAAGGAUAUUGGCGCCAGUCCCCACUGUACUUGAGCAAGACUGUCGCUGAAUUGUGGAGCCAGGGGCAAAGCUUGCGUCUCCAGUAGAGAGGCACCUGAUAGGAAAUUGUGCUGUUUAAAAAACAAAACUGCCCAUCACCAUCCAUAUCACAGGCCUUAUUCAACAUAUAGCUGCAAUGUUAACACACUCCCCAUUCUGCAUAGUUGCCUUAGUGCUGGCUGACUCAUUGGCUAAUUAGAGCUAUAUUUUCCCAAGAACAAAAAAGAGUAUUUAAUGGUCAGAAAAAUCAGCUCUUCUCCAAAUGUUACUUCAUAGGAAAAUAUUGAUGUCCUUCAGAACACAAAAACAAAAGCAUCCACAUAUUUCUGGCUGGAUGUCUUUUGUUUUUGAGGGGUUUUUUUGUUUGUUUUUGUUUUUUGCAAAAGAGGCCAAAGACUUGAAACUCCAGGGUGAAGCACCCUACUAAAAUGUCAAACUGUAGCUGAAAGAGAUCCAGAAGCUCCUAUUCUUUGAAAGAAUGGACUAUGACCGGAAGACAAAUAAUCUGCUUAUGUACCUUCAAAAGAUAUAGCAUUUUUUGAUUGAGUAGUCUCUUUGAAGCAAAUCCAGACACCAAAACAAUUUACCCACAAAAUUUAAUUUCAUCAGCAUGCAUUUUAGGUGGAAUGAAUUCCAAGAAAGGAACAUCCUUAUUCUCAAGGCAUUAAUGUAUCUUCUUUAAUAUUAGGGAAGACAAUACUUUGAAUCCAGAAAACACACAUACACCCAAACCUAUUUGGCCAUGCAGAGGUUAAUCUUGUGUAAUGGUAUUAAUCUUGUGUAAAGUUACAGAAGAAAAUUUGUUUCCUAAAUGAAAGUAGUUACUGCCUAGAGGAUGAGACAGGUUACUCAUCCAUGUGCAUAUUAUUUAAAAUUGUACCUGUCUUAUUUAUGUUAGCAAUUCAAAUAUAGCUUUACAUGUAGGCAUGUAUCACGCUGCAUACUGUAUUAUGAAAAAUAUUCAUAUGAUUACAGUUGAGCAGAUGUUUAAAAUCUGAAUAAACUAUAGUUUUAGAUGUG